UAUCACCAAGUUCAAGGACAUACAUCUUCUGAAAGAGAAACAUUGAAGUAAGUUGGAUUCCUAAUAGGAAAAGGUCUUCAAAAUGAGAAAAGGAUGCAUUGACAUUUUUGGUUUGUGCAGUUUGCAAAAAAAAUUAUUGGUCCUAAAAGUAAAUUUUUUCAGGGAGUGAGAAACCGUGUGAGGAGUAAACAAACCUGCGAUGAGCCCCCUGAAUUCAAAUUCCUUUACUAACGCCACUAUUGUGCGUCCUGAGUUCUUUUUCAUAAGUGGUUUUUCCGGUAUUCCACACGCAAACUACUAUUAUGUGUUCUUGUGCUUCGUUUAUGCUCUGUCUCUACUGGGAAAUUCUUUCGUCAUGUUUAUGAUUUACACUGUCAACUGUCUCCACCGUCCAAAAUACAUUGUCGUUUUUAAUUUGGCUUUGUCUGACUUGUGUGGAAGCACCGCACUUGUUCCUCAGAUGAUUGACACCUUACUGUUUAAAUCACAUUUAAUCUCCUACAAGGCCUGCUUUACUAGUAUGUUUUUUGUUUUUUGGUUUCUCUCUGUGCAGUCUUUCACUCUCACUGCUCUAUCCUAUGAUAGAUUCGUUGCUAUAUGCUUUCCGCUGAGAUACAAUGAGAUUGUGACUAAUAAAUCAAUGUUGGUGAUCACAGCGAUAUUAUGGAUUUUUGCAGGACUGGCUGUUCUCAUAGGUGUGAUUUUUAUCAGCGGAGUAUCAUUCUGCAAAUCCACUGUGAUAAACAGCUUUUUUUGUGAUCAUGGAGCUGUACUACUUUUGGCAUGCGAAGAGAACCCUCCAAGUGCUGUGAUGAACUGGACGCAUCCUGUUACAAUUCUGUGGUUACCGGUACUUUUUAUCACAGGUACAUAUAUCUGUAUAGCCAGAGCAUUAUUUAAAAUUUCAGAAACUUCUGAGCGCCUCAAAGCCAUGAAGACCUGCACCUCUCAUUUGAUCUUGGUGGGUGUGUUUUAUCUUCCUAUAUGUAUCACCUAUGCAAUGGGCUCAGCCAUUCAACUGAACACCUGGAUAGUUAAUAUGUCUCUGACCACUGUCUUGCCACCAAUGCUGAAUCCAAUCAUUUACUCUCUGAAGACAGAGGAAUUCACAGAAUCCAUUAAAAAGCUGUACAGAAGAAACAAGAUACGCUUCGUUGUAAGGAACAAAUGAAAAUGUUUUAAUCACAAAUGACUGACUAGCAAUUUUGACUGUGUUCAUUUUUUUGAACUCUCCACUCAACUGUGAACUGUAAGAGCAAUUAAAUUGAAUCCAAUGAACUGGAACACAGUGAUUAAUAUAAAUAUCAAGCAGUUCAAUAAGUACAGUAUAAACAGUGCUUUUCAUUAGAUGGGUAAAAUAUACACAACAUAUUUGAGUUUAUAAUUUUUUUUCAUUGUGAAUCACUUUAUAGAUCAAUCAAAGAAGUUGAUUGCACAAAUAAAUCACCUCACUUGGUUUCUUAGGCCUAAAAUGGUUGCUGCAAGAGGAAAAUAUAUAAAAAUGCCUCCAUCUCCUCAAUUGCUUCACUGGUCUGGAUGAAACUUUGCAUGCUAUGUAUGUUAUCAGUGUCCCAUUGAAUGUUCAAAGAUAAAGUCAUAUCUACAAAUCUAUGGCCACCAUCAGCCAAUCAGCUGUCACGUGACAGUCUUAGUAAUGGCUGAUGAUCAUACAACUUGUAUGCAUUUUGACUUCUAAGAUUGGGAAUUCCAUGUCAAAUGUUGGGGCAAAAACUAUAAAUAUUAGUACCCUAUGUGCUCCUUCAACUUAAAAAGUCAUAAUUAUCACAUGCUGCUUAGACCCCAUUAAUUACCACUUGCAGUUAUAUUUAUAAUUAUUGUUUAUGUAUUCAAAC